AUGAAGACAACCGAGAUCCAGCCGGUCGAAGAACCGGCUCCAGCCAAGGGGCUGCCACCCUCUUACACAGAUGUCCAGGAGGGCAAGGUCGUUGAACGCGUUUGGGGUCUCGAGGCCCGCUUAGAUCCCAACGUUAGCUUCGAGGAGUUCACGUACUGGGCGAAGGUUGAGCGUGAGAUGGAGGAGGAAGAGAACCGCCAAUAUGUCGAGGAGCAGGGACCGUUGACCGUGAAGAAACUGAUCAAGGGCCGCUUCUCCAAGGGCAUCCACCACGAAAAUCGCAAAAAGCAGGAACGCCGAGAGCACGAAAACGCACAGAACCUGAAUGAAUCGUCGUCCGGGGAGAAGACCGGAGCAACCCUGACCACGAAUGAUGGCUCUUCAUCCAGAUCCAACGCUGUUUCGGACGAAGAAUGGCGGACUGCGGCCCGUGCUCUUCGCACUGCCAGUUGGGGAACCAUCUUCUACAUGAUCACCACCGAUAUUUUGGGUUGGUCGUCUUGUCCAUUCGUCUUCGCCAGUUUGGGUUUCGGACCGGCCAUCGCGCUGUACGUGGUCUUCGGUCUUUUCGCAGGCUUCAGUGGUUGGAUUCUCUGGAAUGUGUUCCUGGCUCUCGAUUCUAGCCGAUAUCCUAUGGUCAACUUUGGCGACUGCUUCUUCCGGGUCUUCGGCUCCAAGUCUCGUCACUUCAUCAACCUCGGACAAUCGCUGCAGCUGCUGAUGAAUGUGGCGGUUCUUAUUCUGGGUAACGCACAGACCCUAGCCCAGUUGGCCAACAACAAGAUCUGCUUUGUUGUCUGCAUGGUUAUCUUGAUGGUGGUCGGUAUGGUCUUGGGCAGCAUCCGCUCGCUGCAGCGCCUUGGAUGGCUUACCAACGCCUCGGUCUGGUUGAACAUUGUCAGUUUCUUGAUCAUCUUGGUGGCCUGCGCCAACUACGGAGUUGACUACAACGCCGUUAUCCACUCCACUCUGAUUAAAAAGAUUGGCCCGGUCAGAACCUUUGCCGGACCCCCUCCAGACAUGUUUCAACAACAGGCUACUGGAUUUGCUGGCCAGUUCACUGGAGUUGAUAAUUUGGUUUACAGUUAUGGUGGUGCCAUUCUGUUCAUCUCAUUCAUGGCGGAAAUGCGUCACCCUUGGGACUUCUGGAAAGGCAUGCUGUGCGCUCAGCUCUUCAUUUGCAUUGUUUACAUCUUCUUUGGUGCCUUUGUCUACGGACACUGGGGCCAAUAUUCGAUCUCCAACAUCAACAACGCGGUCGAGCCGUAUGGCCUGCAGUUAGCCGGCAACAUUCUUGCCUUAAUCACCGCUAUCAUCGCCUGCAUCCUCUACUUCAACAUCGGCAUGAAGACCAUCUACCAGGAAGUGUUCCAGGAGAUCCUCCACUUCCCUGCCAUCACCACCUUCCGGGGCCGACUUCUCUGGUAUGCUCUCGGUCCAAUCUACUGGAUCAUCGCCUUUGUUGUCGCCGCAGCUGUCCCCAACUUCAGUGGUAUCUCAAGUCUGGUGGGCGCCUUCCUGAUCCUGAACUUCACCUACACCUUCCCCGGCAUUCUGUACGUCGGAUACCGCUGUCAGGUCGACGCCGCCCUGCCCGGCGAGGGUUACAACCCGGUCACAGGAGUUACGAUCCGACACGACAAAGGCUGGCGACGCUGGGUUCGUGGCUUCAAGAAAAGCUGGGCCAUGAAUGUAUUUUGCACACUUUACUUCCUGGGUGGUCUUGCCUGCUCGGGAAUGGGCUCCUGGGCUGCCAUCGAGAGUCUGAUCGAGGUGUUCGGCGCCGGUGGUACGGUCGCCACGUCCUUUGGCUGUGCGGUGCCGGUUUAG